CGACUUACGACCGGUUGGGUAGUCCUCGACUUACGACCAGUUGGGGGUCACAGCAUUAAAAAGGUUGAGAACCACUGUUCUACUGGGAGCUCACUAGUCCUUUCACAAUUUCAAGAUUCUCUACCUAAAUAGCAGGCUCUCUGUAGGUAUCAUUAAAACAAACUACUAGCAAGCAGCUGGCCUAUAGACUUAUUUGGCUUCCUGAGAGCUUGUUGGCUAGCUAGUUCACAGUUUCUCUUCGCUCCUAAGUAUAAAGAGGGGAGGGAUGUAGGAAAAAUUCACUUGGACGUAGCAUAGCAUUUUCUUGUAAGUUCAUUUCUCCCCUGUCUACCCAUAACAAAUAUAUAGCAAUUCCUGUAUUCAACUCUGAAAAUUAGGGAAAUGCUACUAUUUGCAGUUCUCACUUUUUGGAGACAUGACAUCUCCAUGCAUGCCCAUUUUAAGCCACUAUCAUUUUAUUUUAAACUAAAGAAUUUAGAUGUUACUUAUUCUGUAUGUUGUCUGUAUGCUUCCUGUGCAUCAUCCCUAAUUUACUUCUACUCUGCAUGUUGCCCAGAACAUUUUGAUUAUGAAUUUUUGAUGUGCAGAAAGUCUCCUGCUCUCAUAACAAAUGUGAUCCAGUGAGCUCCAAUUUUUUACUGUCUUUUCUGUGGUUUAAUGCCUUUCAAAUAUGUAUGGAAUAUGGGGUUUGAGGACUGAUCAUAUCAUAUCAGUUGUGGUGGAAUGUAGUUUUAUUCCCAGGAAGGAGGGGCUGUAUUCCAGACAGCGAAGAGGCAGCAAAGUUGAGAUAGUUUGGCUGGAAAAAAGAGAAUUAAGAGGUUCCUCUCUAACAAUUCCCAGAGUAUAACUAUAGUUGUGCAAAUAGUUGUGCAAAUAGUUGCACAAAUAGUUGCUUUAGCUUGGCAAGAUUCUUUUCUACAGAUAAGGAACAAUAAAAGAAACUCCUCAGAAGUAAUUCCUGAUGUCUUGCUUGGCUCUUGGGGCCGGGCUGAUCAACUUUCUAUGUGAGUAAAUGAAGAAAUAUCUUAGUUUUAUUGGACAUUAUUAUUUGUUCAAAAUUGCAAUCUUCACCAUAUAGCAGAGACUUUUUUCAGGAAAAAUUCUACAAAGACAAGUAAAAUGAAAUCUGUGUGGCAGUGUAUUUUUAUCUGGCACGUCAUCACUGCUUGUUUAAGCAACGUUCAAGCCAUUUUAGAUGAAGUCAAAUUGCCAUUGAUUAAACCUAAUCCAGGAAAUAGACGCCUUAGCUUCCAAGUUUAGAUGAGUCAAGGAUGCUUCUCAGAAAAAAAUUAUGAUUGCUUCGCUUUCAUACUCACAUUGUUUAUAAAUGGUUGAAUAGAAAUGGAUGUCAGAAUGGAAAAGCUCCUGCUUGAGAAUAAAUAUACCCACCCAAUUAUGACCUGAGCCAUCUUCUUGUGACAUCAUAAUGUUGCUUGUACUGAUGGGGCUCAUUUUUCACUUUUGACUACAAUCUUUGCGUGUGUGCAGUAUAGUAUUGAGCAUACAGGAGCAUCAUGGGUAAGGCUACAAUUGGACAAGCAAGGUACAUGUGACAGUAGUGCAGCUAUGAGUGGAAUUUUAAAGAGGAAGUUUGAAGAAGUUGACGGCUCUUCACCCUGUUCCUCUGUGCGGGAAUCAGAUGAUGACAUCUCUAGCAGCGAAAGCGCUGAGAGUGGGGAUAGUGUCAACCCUUCCACUUCAAAUCAUUUUACCCCAUCCUCAAUUCUGAAGAGUGAGAAAAGGAAGAGGACAAAAAAUGUUCAUUUUAAUUGUGUUACGGUAUACUACUUUACCAGGAGGCAAGGUUUCACAAGUGUCCCCAGCCAAGGAGGCAGCACUUUGGGCAUGUCCACUCGUCACAACAGUGUACGCCAAUACACUCUUGGGGAGUUUGCAAUGGAGCAAGAACGGCUUCAUCGAGAGAUGUUAAGAGAGCAUCUCAGGGAGGAAAAGCUGAACUCCUUAAAACUCAAGAUGACUAAUAAUGGCACUGUGGAAUCCGAGGAAGCGAACACUUUAACGCUGGAUGACAUUUCUGAUGAUGAUAUAGAUCUGGACAACACUGAAGUAGACGAGUAUUUCUUUCUACAACCUCUGCCGACAAAGAAACGAAGGGCACUCCUACGAGCCUCCGGAGUCAAGAAGAUUGAUGUAGAAGAAAAACAUGAGCUGCGAGCCAUCCGUCUUUCGAGAGAGGACUGUGGUUGCGAUUGUCGGAUCUUCUGUGACCCGGAAACUUGCACUUGCUGCCUUGCAGGCAUAAAAUGCCAGGUGGAUCGUAUGUCUUUCCCGUGUGGUUGCACUAAAGAAGGAUGCAGCAAUACAGCUGGCAGAAUUGAAUUUAAUCCCAUCAGGGUUCGGACUCACUUUUUGCACACUAUAAUGAAACUUGAAUUGGAGAAAAAUAGAGAGCAGCAAGUCCCUGCGCUGAACGGCUGCCACGCUGAGCUAAACGCUCACAGCAGUGCGAUGGGUCCCACCUCCCACCCCCUGGAAUUUUCAGUCCCAGAGAACUUUGAAUUAGAGGCUGAACCCAGGGCUGCAGUGAUGCAUUUGCAGUCGGCAGGUGACUUGGAUUGCCCUGGAGAGGAAGAAGAGGAAGAGGAUGAGGAAGAGGAGGAGGAGGAGGAAGACGCAAGUAGCUUUUGUAGUGGAGUUACAGAUUCCAGCACACAGAGUUUAGCGCCCAGCGAAACAGAUGAAGAUGAUGAGGAGGAGGAGGACGAUGAGGAGGAGGAGGAAGAAGAGGAGGAGGAAGAAGAAGAAGAAAAAUUAGAUGAAUGUCUGGAAGGCUUGGGUGCUCAUGCUGAUGCAGGUCAAGCCCUUCCUUCUGUCCUUUGCUAUUCAGACAGCACUGCCAUGCAUGAAAAUCAGCCAAAGGCACUUUCCUACUACCCAAGCUCCACUUCCUUGUAUUACCAAAUAGAGAAUCACGGCCCUGGCACUCCUAACCAGAUUCGGGAGCCUUACUCGGAAAGAGAGACUGUUAAGAACGGGAAUCUUUCUCUGGUGCCUUACAACCCAACAUCAGAACAGUUUGUGGAGUACGCGCGGCCCUCAGAGGAAAAUUAUGGCAGCUCCCUGUAUCCUUCUUCAAACCCGUCGGUCAUCGUUUGCUGCUCUUCAUCAGAAAGCGAUAACGUCGUCCCAUGUAGCAGUUUAUAUGGGGAACAUCGGCCAAGGCAUCCCCAAGUGGAUUUUCCUUCAUACUUGAAAAGUCCUUCGCAAGAUGGAUUUGUAUCUACUUUGAAUGGUGGCACUCGCCUCCCAGAGUGUCCCACCGAGAAUUCACUCGGCCUUUCAGAAAAGAGCAGACUACACGAAGAGUGUAUUAAAUCUCCCGUCAUGGAAACAGUACCUGUUUAAAUUUAUUUUAGGACUGAAUCGCUCUUGAUUUCAAAUGCAUUCUAUUUUAAUUGGAUUCCCUGGAAGCGUUCUUAUUUUUUUUCUCUCUCAGCAGUGGAGGUAAGGGGGAAGACUGUGGUUAAUGUUUUGAUUUUUUUUUCCCCAUUGGUGUUUUUCUGUAAAGCUCUCUUGGCUGUGGCCAUUGCACAAAAACAGUUUGUGUAAAAAAGUAAACUUUUAUAAAAAAAACAAAACAACAAAAUGGUCCUUUGAUAGAAAAUACCCAGAUUUUAAAAUAAUCCACACAGAUAUAUAUAUAUAUAUAUCCACACCCACAUGAAUAAAGUACAAAGUACAAGCCCAUGUCUUGAUUUAUGCUGGGCUCUCUAGCUUACAACUUCUUAUUUUAUUGUCGGGCUCGUGCAAGAUAAUAAAAAUGUUACUUUGGGUUCUUUAUAUUUAGGAUAUUAAAAUAUCGCUCCUAUUUGAGGGUGAUGACUUUUUAAAUAUAAAUGUGACUGCAAACAAAAAACAAACAAACCUGAAUUAUUCAGUAAUGUAUUUGUUUAUUUAUUGUAGCUUAGUACUCAUAACUUGAUAAAAAUGAACUGCUUGCUCUUCGGAGCAGAACAGCACAAUGAGAUUUCAUUAGGCAAAUUGCUUUUGUGUGGGCAGUACAUCUGACCACAAAUCCUGUUCUCUGAUCUGCACUAGGGACUAUUCAUAUUUGCAAUUUAGGAAUGUAGAGAGGACAUACCACUGAGUCGUUUUGUUGACACUGGUGUGGAGUUUUUCUUGCAAUUGCUGCCCUGUCCCCAUCUCAAGGAGAGGACAACGUAUAAGACUUUUCUAAAUUGCAGCUAGUGGCAGCUACAUUUCUAAAAAUGUGUAACGUCGGACAAUCCUUAGAUUUUCAGGGGUCGAGAGAAGCAGCGUUGGCAUUAUAAGGAAGUUGGGUUGUGUUUGUUACUCAGGUGUCUCUCUCUCUAUUCUUUUCAAUCCACAAACUAUUCUGGAUGAAUGCAUAAUAGGGACACUAUCCAGCCAGACUUCUUCAGAUCUUGCCGUUAUUUUUCCCACGUUCACUGGCCAUUUUCCCUUCUACCAGUAUACUUUUCCUUAAUGGCAACCCUCACAUUUGUGAAGAACUUUGCUUGUCAGAAAGUAGACAAUGGUGGCUCUACAAGAUGGCUUGGGCUCUCUAUUAAAUAAGAGCAUUGCUGCAGUCUUUCCAUGGUUAUUUCUUCAUGUAAAGUCGGAAUGCUAUAUUUUUAUUUAUUAAAGUUAUUGUGCCGAUGUAUAAAGUGCUCAGAGUGAUCUUCACAAUAGCUUAAGAAAUAAUCCAGAGUGAAUGUCUGAACCAAGGUUAUCUCUAGAGCUCUGUGAUCAAUAUAGGAUUCGAUAUGGUUUCUCCUUGUGGUAUUUUCUCAUCUCCUUCAAGCUCUAGAACUCACGGGCAUUCUAUCUCUCCACUAGCCCUGGAACCACUUCCUUUCCCCCUGUAUAGAAUAAUAGUGUGUGAAGUGUCACAAGGGAACAUUAAGCACAGUGCUAAUGGAAACAAUCCAGAGAUAUCAAAAGGAAUUCCUUCAGUGGAAUGUGACAUUCCACUGCUUUUGGUAGGACUUCCUUGCAUUUAACUUUUAAUGGGCCAUGUGCUUUGUGCUCACAGCCCUGGCAGCUUUUGUGUAAGUAUCUUUUUGUUGUUCUAAAACUACCACACUUUUGUGUAGCAGCUAUGAGAAAUCUUAAAAGACACCACAGACGGUUGGUUCUUAAAUGUUGCAUCUUUUUAAAAAAAUAAUAAUAAUCCAUGAAUGAACCAGGCAAGAAUUUUCAGCAACUCUCAAAAAGAACUUUACUUUGAAUUUCUUUAGCCAAAUAAAGUAAUUAGGAAAAGAAUGGCAUUAUGCUAUUUGUGGAGAAAUUCCCUGAGCUCUUAAAAAAAAAAAAAAAAGAUACAGAACCCAGAAUCUGUAGGGAUGGAGUUUCUCAUUUGAGUGCGAUUUGACUCACAAUAAUCUCCAAAUAGGAAAGGAUUUAGGGUUGACUGGAAUCAGUAGGUAUAUUUCAGCCAUCGUUCUCUCUUGUUUUGGCAAAUGUCUUGAGAUUUGAAAGUGUGUAUUCCUCCAGAGAUUUUCUAUCACUAGUGUAUGCAAUUCACAAGUGUUUCUUCAUUGUAGUGAAUUAGGGAACAUUGUAGGCAUGGGAACUCUGUGGAGCUAUCAGAGUUCGGUGUUCCUGCCACCUCACCUCCUUAGACUUCUCUGAACUGGUUGUUCUAAAUAGAUCCAAAUGGGAAAUAUCCACGUGUGGCUCUUUUGUAGAUUUCAAGAACAAUAUUUAUGAAUGUAACCUGGAUCACAAAAGCUUAGCUUCAACUUAUUCAAAAGUGAAUGAACUAGUAGUUAUUCUUGUACCUGCCCAUUCUUUAAAGUGGCAAAGUAUGAGGUUUUAAAUUUAGCUUUGUCCUCUGAAAAUGGUGGCUUCAAGUACAGCAUUCCAUUUCUUCUUUGGAUAAUUUUGUUAAAAAUAAAUAAAUAACUGCGGAGGAAUGUGCCUUUGCAUGCUUAGUUCAAGAAGAUACCAACCAUAUCAAAAUACAUUUUUUAAUCUCACUGCAGUCUUCAGUCAGACUUUGCCAUUGAUCUCGGCAGAAGUAUCCUCAGCUUUAUUUCUAGAAGUUUCCCAUUUCUAGGAAUGUUCCUAGAAAGGGCCAGCUGAUUAUUUAUGCAAAUGUGCUACAUCCAAGCUACUUUGAUGGGGGGGAGGGGAAUAAUCCUUGGUGGUUCUUUAUUCUUCUGUUUCUUUACUUAUUACAAAAACUAGGCUGUGUUCCAUAUUCCUGGCAUGGGCUUACUGCAGGUGGUCCUUGGCCUUGAAUGUUGAUUCCUACCUUCUGUAUUUUACUUUCUUGAUCAUAUCUUUUCUCGUUAUUUUUAAAUAUACCAGCCUGGUCAGCACUGGCUGCAUUGCAACAGACAGAUGACACUUGGAUGUCCAAAAGGACUAGUUUUGCCGACUUCUUAUCCAUAAAUCCUUUCCUAUUUGAAUCUUACUUUUGUAUUCUUCCUCUUUGGCCGUACAGACUGUAUAGAACAAGGGAACUGAAAUAAACUACUAGUUUGGCACAUUGUGCUUUAAUUUUUGCAGUGGCUCUCUAAGUUUCCUCGAUACUGAAAAUAAUUUUGAAGAAUUUGCAUAAGAUAGUUGAUGCUUGUCAGAAGCUAGUUGGAACACAUCGUUUCUGCUGGAAAUAUGCCUUAAUUCCACGUCAUUGUAAAUUACUUCAUGGAAUAAGGCUUACAAAUCAGAAGGAUGACAACUGAAAGCCCUGUCCUAACUAGUUAAAUCUCACCUAGAUGUCAUGAUGGGACCCAAUCCAGAUGAUUAUGAUUCAAAAAUAAAGCGUACUAGAAUAUACUAUUUUUCCAGUUAAUUCUCCCAGUUCAGGCCUUCCACACCAAAUGUUCCAGCAAAAAGCAUGCCUUUGUCACCCGCUUAAUGCUGCAAGACUGUUUGGGACCCCUACAAGACCAUGCUCCAGUCCUUCUCCCACCCCACCAGUGAUCCAGCCUCAGGUGUUUUUUCUUUUCAUCAGAUAGUUCUCCAGGAUAAGAUCCCUACAAAAUUGUGCCAGAAUCCUACCAGAUACACUUCCACAUUGUCUGGGCAAGGCCAGUCAGAGUGGCCCCAGGUUUUAGCAGUGACCCACCUCUUCACGCUUAAGUCUGCAAAAUGUGUAACUCCUUGAUUUGCUUAUGGCCACUCAAUAGAUCACAAUCCACAGUCUGAGAAGCCUCACUGUGUACUAUCUUGUCAUGUUUAUUCAGCAGGAUCAGAGUCAAAGUUGAGUCAGUUCUCACGCCCUAUAUCAUCUGCCAAUUGUUUAUAUUUGUUUAAAUGAGAAAAUGCAUAGAUUUGUAAGUCACUGGGAUAUAAGAGAGUGAGUUGGAUAAAUGAUUAGUUGGGGUACGCUUUGCUUACCUCCCAAGCAUAACAUCUAUAAAACAUCAGAGGUGGGUUGCAGUAGUUAUAAAUACUAUUGGUGGCUUUGUUUUUAGUAACUAGGCAUAGAAUACAAUGACUUUACUACCAUAAUAAAUGAUAAAUAUUUUCUGAACUCUGAUCCAGUAGGACCCAGGACCUUCCACAUCAGGCCCAUUUACAAAUGGAUGAAGUGUAAGUGUGAAAACUGGGGAUGGAUUUGAUUUUCCUCACAGUCAUCCAUCUGCCAGCAGGCCUCAAAAUGAAAAGGAACCGUAUGCAAAUUGUUCUUUGUGGCUGAAACUGACUCAGUUCAUCUGGAAUCACACAAGGAAACUCUGCAUGUUUGGAAAGUCCCACUAUUUCUAUUAUGGGGAUAAACCCAUUUUGGGUGUAUUUCAUCACUGUGACUUUAUCCACUGUUAAUUUCCAAAGGAAACAUUAGAUGCUGAACGUGAUGUAAAGAAACUACAAGCUUAUUUGUAAUCCGAACAGUGCUAAGGCAAAGUCUGAUGGUACACAAACUUCGCUAGUGGUUUCUCACAUGAUUACUGCCAACACCCAUAUUUCAUGAAGUUAAACAAUAUAGCUUCACUGAGUUAUAUUGGUACAUGUCCAUUACCUAUAUGAAGAAUUAGACCAGAGUCAGGCAACAUGAUAUACACAGGAUCCACUGUACCCCCAAAUACUUUCCUUGCUAACUUUGAGGCUACCGAACUGUUUUUUUAUUUUCCCUGCAUUGAAAUAAUUGUUACGUAAAUGCACAGAUAGCAAGAUUGUAUAGCACCUGUGCCUGACUUCAUAUUUUUUACAAAAAUGUCUUUGUGUUUCAUGGAUGAUGUAAGAGUUCUCUGGAAAACUUUGCUUUUUGAUAAACAGGUUUUAUGUGUCUAGUCAGGCCCACUUGUGAGUUGCUUGCCAUAUGAUCUUAAACUUCCAGCCUAAAAAAGUUCCUGUUUUUCCGAUUGGACCACACUGUGUGGGAAAAAAAUAAGUGAUCUUCUCAGUCUAGAGAAUACUAGAUUGAGGGAAGUUGCCCUUGAGGUUAUAAUGUUGUAUAGAAUCAGCUUGGUCUAAUGCAGUGUUUUUCAAC